AUGAGCUAUAUCUUUAAUGAAGUCUCCUUCUAUCAUCACGUCUUGCCCGAAACCACCACUUCAUCCGCGUGCCCCAUACCCCAUCGACAAAUCGAGGCCACAAUCGUAAGAGACAGUAUGAUCUGCAAGAAGAGAUGGGCGCGACCAGAUUCUCGAUACGACGAUGGAAGGAUACAAGAAGCGAAGGAUUUGAACAUGGAUGAAGCUCGCAGCUAUAGAGGCGAACCUAUCACAGUUGCCAGCGUCGAUGGAAGGCAAAUCUCAUUGAUCUCUAUAGCCUCAAGUUUUUCAAUGGCAAUGCAUCCCAAUGGAAGUCACGUAGACUUGACCCUGUUCUUGACUACCUCUUCGUCACAUUGCGAUCGACUCAACAUUGGAACGUGCAGACCAUCCGCGAGUAUCAUUUUGCGACUGUCGGUGAUGAUGAAAAAGCGAAACUCGACGACACUAGAAAUGCUCAUGGACCCGUGGCGCGGCAUGUGCCCUUCUAAUUCACAUGAUUCUCCAUCUUCCCUUGUACCAUCUGUAUUCUGGCAGCAUUUGACACAAAUUGUUAUUCGGCCUUUGUGA